GCCGUGAGAGAUGGGGACACACUGAGUGCAGAGGACUGGCCACGGACCUAGGUGCUUUCCUUAUGAAAAGGACUACUGAUGCCCGCAAUCAGACACUUAUAUUUUAUAGAUUAUUCUUUAUCCUCUCGUUGAAGAACUACAGAAAAACAGUUUUCCUGUUGCCAGUGCGUAUUUUUGCAAUGCAGGACAGAUAGUGUUUCAUCACUUUGGACAUUUAUUGAUUGUGCCACGCCACAAAAAAGGAGAGGAUUUUAAUUACCUUUUGGAUAUUAAAGUCAUCGAUUUAACCACUCAUCUACACUAGAAUCGUCUUGAGCCUCUGGAAAUUGCCUACAAAAAUGGCGCAAAGGUACGACGACUUGUCUCAUUACGGAGGAGCGAUGGAUGGAGUUGGAGUCCUGACAUCUAUGUACGGAGACCCCCACGCAACACGGCCCCUGCCUCAGGUCCACCACCUGAACCACGGGCUGCACCCAACGCAGCACUAUGGUGCACACGCGCCGCACAACAUUAUGCCUAGCAGCAUGGGCAGCGCUGUCAACGAUGCACUAAAGAGAGACAAGGACCAAAUCUACGGCCACCCUUUAUUCCCACUAUUGGCUCUGGUGUUCGAGAAGUGCGAGCUGGCAACCUGCACGCCGAGGGAGCCAGGGGCGGCGGGGGGAGACGUCUGCUCAUCCGACUCCUUCAAUGAAGACAUAGCCGUAUUUGCAAAACAGAUCCGCGCAGAGAAGCCUCUAUUUUCUUCUAAUCCAGAGCUUGAUAACUUGAUGGUUCAAGCGAUUCAAGUCCUUCGAUUUCAUCUGCUGGAACUGGAGAAGGUUCAUGAGCUCUGUGAUAACUUCUGCCACCGGUACAUCAGCUGCCUUAAGGGCAAAAUGCCCAUCGACCUGGUCAUUGAGGAGCGGGACGUCUGCAAGUCGGACUUUGACGACCUCUCCGGAUCCUCGACCAACAUCGCAGAUCAUAACCCAGCGUCCUGGAGAGACAUGGAUGACACCCACUCCACACCUUCUGUUGGCACCCCGGGACCCUCCAGUGGGGGACACGUCUCUCAUAGUGGUGACAACACCAGUGAACUCGGAGAUGCCCUCGACAACAGCUUGGCAUCACCAGGCACAGGGGACGAGGAUGACCAGGACAAGAAGAGGCAGAAGAAACGAGGCAUCUUCCCCAAAGUAGCUACAAAUAUAAUGAGAGCUUGGCUCUUCCAGCACCUAACACAUCCAUACCCUUCAGAGGAGCAGAAAAAGCAGCUGGCACAAGACACAGGCCUCACCAUACUUCAAGUGAACAACUGGUUCAUCAAUGCAAGGAGGAGAAUAGUCCAGCCUAUGAUUGACCAGUCCAACAGAGCAGUGAGUCAGGGUACAACUUACAGUCCUGAUGGCCAGCCAAUGGGAGGCUUUGUUAUUGAUGGGCAGCAGCACAUGGGACUCCGACCCGGGGGGCCGAUGGGUGGUAUGGGUAUGAACAUGGGCAUGGACGGGCAGUGGCACUACAUGUAAAUCCACUACACUGAGGCAAGCCUGAAAAAUAUGGGAUAACUUCCAUGGUGGACUCAGGGAUCUUCUUCUUGCUGUGGAGCUCAGAUGAGUGGAGCUGCCUCCGCAACCACCAUCUCUAACCCACCUGACCGGUCUCCCACUUCAACACUCCCACCUCACCUUUUCCAAACGCACACUGUGCGGUAUAUCACCACGGAAACGGCUGUGCUCUGCGCCAGAGUUUGCCCACAAAACUUGACUUGUAACGGAACAGACUUUGAGCCCCCUCGGCCUGUUGCAUAUACUUUGAGAUGAAGACUGAUCAUUCAUUUUUAAAUUAUUUAUUUAUUUUUCUAAAAUGGGGGAAAAGGGGAAGACAACAUUCUCUCUUCUUUUUCUAUUUCCGAAAUAAAGGGACCGCUCCCAUGCCCUAUGCCCACCUUCUCCAAAAACAUAGUGUACGAGGAUACCAUAAACACACACACACACAUAAUGAACAAAGGAGACACUGCAAAUCUUUGUAAAAAUGAUGAGAGUUUUAAUUGUUGUGUUGUAUAGAUGCUUUUAAUUUGUCUGUUCUACGUUUUGCGCGUGUAAUCACUGAUGUUAGAGAGCUUUUACAACUGACAUGGUUCAUAAAUCCCAACGAAAACCACGAUGGAAUGAAUACAAAAUAUCUGAAUAUGUGUUUAUGUUCUUCAUGCACUGCUAUUCUUUUUUAUUUGAGUUUACUUGUUCUUAUGAAUUGGAUUUGUCAAGACAUGACUUAGUUGAGAAUGAGAUCAAUUUUUUUGACGAUGUUUUGUAUAGUUUUAGCACGAAAAAGAAAUUUGCACUAAACCCAAAAUAAAGAGUAAAUUGAGCAAGACAAAACAAGGAUUUGUGUUUUAAUAUGAGGAGCAAAUGAAUGCCUAAUUCCGAUGCAUUCUGGUCCACAUUGAACAUCCGAAGAGAAAGCUAGGUCAGUGUAGGUGUUAGAGAAAAUGGUAUAAGCAACGACACUAGUUGGUGGAGCAGGUCACGCAGCCAGCUUUGGUUCGAUAUGAGACGGGAUUGCGGCUGUCUAAGGUAUUCGAUUGAUGGUGACAAGAAUGAUGGAUGGCCUGGAGACUAAAUUCAAGGAAGUCAGAGUGAAAUCAGAGGCUGCGGCACCCGCCAGCUUUCACUAAAUAUUGUGGUUUCUAUUUAGUCUACCUCAGUAAUGGUUCGAUGCAUAUAUGUUUGUGUGUGAAGCGAAGAGACCAAUAUGUGGUCCGAGAUCAAUUAAAACAAAAUUAAGGGUUAUUCAUAGAAAUGUUUAAAUGUCUUUGUUUUUAUUGAAAUACUGACGAUUUUAAAUGUAUAUAUUUACAGGGUAUUUUCUUGUUUAUUUUUAUCAUGUCUCCUCCUCCACAUUUGCUUUACAGGACAAUAUAAUAAAUACCGAUAAUGAAGGCGUUGGAACUCCUGUUCUUUUAUCACUGUCAGCCUAUCCUCUUCGGGGGGAGACAUUAUGAGAGCCGAAGAAGGCCUAAACAAUUUCAUUUUAUUUGAUAAAAUUAUAACGCGCUUUGUUUUGGCUUUGUACCAUAUCUAAAUUAUUGGUAACAAAUUUACAACAACAAUCAUAAUGAUGAUAAUAACAGUAAAAUCCAUAACAUGAAUAACAAUAAUAAUAAUAACAGUAAUCAAUAUACAAUUAUUAUUAAUAUAUAUUGCUCUAAUUGUAAGGGAGCAUCAUUUUAUAAGUGA